CCUGAUUUGGGUUCUACUAGAGCAGAUAAAAAUUUUUUGUAGCAUGCAGAUCUGUUAGAAUGUAUCUUUGUCUUGAGCUUUGAAUAUCUGAUGCAGCUGCAGAAAACUUCAUGUAGUUACCCAAUCGUGCUUAAGCUAAAUAUUUGUUACUUUUUUUUUUUAGAAAUGUACACAACGCACUGAGGAACUGUACCCAUCUAGAAGAUGAAGGCAAAACUUCUGAAGUGCCCAUACCCAGAAGUGGUUGGCUAAUACUGGAAGAAGGCGCAUGUGCCUCCAGCACUCAAAAGUGUAAGCAGCAAGAGACCAUGGUAACGCUAAUAACAGAAAAGCUGCAAAAUCAGACUUUGGAUGACCUGGCAUGUAAAACAUUCAAUAUUAAUCUGGUAAGAAUAUCCUUGUGCAUUAUCAUAGAGUGUGCAUCUUAGGGGAGGGAAAUAUUCCCGAGCGUAUGAAUUGCAUUCAGGUGGAGGCAUGGCAGUUUUCCCUUUUUCGUGAUGGGUGCUCCACAUUGCUUUGGGAGUAGGCUUUCCCCCUUUUACUAUGGAGGCAGCAGCAAUCAGCUUUAGUUGCUCCAAAAGAGAGGAUUCCCUCUCUGCCCCUCUAGAAAAGCCAUGCUGCGUGAUAGAGGUGCAGGGUCUGAACAGAGCCCUGGUCAGUUUUUCCCAAAAAGUUGGCAAUGCCAUAAACUUCCAAAAUGCCUUGAUCUGCUUUAGCAGGUACAUAAAAAGGUAAAGGACCCCUGAUAGUUAAGUCCAGUCGCAAACGACUCUGGGGUUGCGGCGCUUAUCUCGCUUUACAGGCCAAGGGAGCCAACGUUUGUCCGCAGACAGUUUUUCUGGGUCAUGUGGCCAGCAUGACGUAAGCCGCUUUUGGCGAAACCAGAGCAGCGCACGGAAACACCGUUUGCGUUCCCACUGGAGUGGUACCUAUUUAUCUACUUGCACUUGACGUGCUUUCAAACUGCUAGGUUGGCAGGAGCUGGGACCGAGCAAUGGGAGCUCAUCCCGUCAUGGGGAUUCGAACCGCGACCUUUCGAUCAGCAAGCCUAGGCUCAGUGGUUUAGACCACAGCAUAUAACGUCCCCCUGCCCAGCUGUACAGAAAGGAUUGCUCAAUUUCCCCAUAACCUUUCCCAGCUUAACCCUAAACCCCAAAGGUGAACACAAAUGGGUAGAUCUCGCAAUUCUUCUGAAAGGAACUUGAAUUUGAAUCCAUAAUUUGAGGGUGAUGUCCCCAGGAGGCCUCUCUAUCCCUUUGUGUGAAUUUUCUGCACAUUGGUGUUUCCUUGCACCUGCACAAACAAUGCGCUUGACAGUCCUAUCGCUCCUGCUUUUCAGCUUUCUUCGAAUUACUUCACCCUUAUUGAGAGGCUCUCUUUUGAAUUUAAACGAUCUUGUUGGACUUAGUGGGCAGUUUUUUUGUUCUGCUUUAAUCUGUUUUAAUUGAAUGUUUUAAUCACAGUUACAAAGUGAUUUGACAGGGUUAUCAUUUUGCAUCAGAUAUUUAUUAUCGGGGGUCUAGAUGUCUAUUUGUGAAGCGCAAUAUUCAAUUCAAAAGCCUUAGGUGGAUUUCUAACAGUGUGACUUAUGGAGGGAAGGACUGUAAGUAUUUAAGUAUGUAUAUUUGGGAGUAAGCCUUAUUGAACUCAGUGGAACGUGCUUCUGAGUAAAAUACACAUGCAUAUAGCUUAGCCUUGAUAGGCAUUGCUGCUUGCUGUUUUAUUUCAAAAUGGGGGGAACCACUAACCAACUGACAACUUCACUUGGAGAAUUGUACAGUAUUUAUCUUUCUCUUAUUUCAGUACUCAACUGAGAAGCAGAAUGAAAGUCAUAGCCUGCUUCCAUUUGAAAUCAGUGGUAAGUUCCAAGAUUUUGGGCUGUCUUUGAGAUCAUGUUCUAAAUAUAACGAAGAAAUAGCAUGGAGCAAGCUGUUGUUGUUUGGGCACAGAAUGCUUGGUGACCGAAGGGAAAUGGGAAAACCUGGGGUGGGUGUGAGGAGGCAAUAUUUUGAGUAGGAGCUUCUGUUCUGCAACAUUUUGUAGCCGGUCUCACUUGCUUUUAGUUGUUUAAUUACCUAUUUGUUGUGUGUUUCAUUAACACACACAUUAUUUUAUUUGUGUGCCGCUUUUCCAUAGUUCACACCAUGCUCAAGGAAGCUUACAACAUGAAAAAAAUACACUGCUACAACAUAACAAAAGUAGUCAAUAACCAUAAAUUAAACAUUUAAAAAUACAAAACUAAACUGAACAAUUUCCAUAUGAAUGAUAUGAGGAAACUAAAAUAUUUUAGUUUUGAACUAAAAUAAAGAUACAAAAAACCAACAGCAACGACUCUCCCCCCGCAAAAUCCCCCAAACAGCACAGCAGCCCAAGUGUCCGUUCAGCAGCCUCCACUUUGUAGCUGGAGUCCAUCUAUGCCCUGCCUCCCAGGCUUGGAGGGGUGCGGAAGGCCUCGGUCCAGUAUACCUGAAGGAGUGUCUCCACCCCCAUCGUUCAGCCUGGACACUGAGGUCCAGCUCCGAGGGCCUUCUGGCGGUUCCCUCCCUGCAAGAAGUGAGGUUACAGGGAACCAGGCAGAGGGCCUUCUCGGUGGUGGCGCCUGCCCUGUGGAACGCCCUCCCAUCAGAUGUCAAAGAAAUAAACAACUAUCUGGCUUUUAGAAGACAUCUGAAGGUAGCCCUGUAUAGGGAAGUUUUUAAUGUUUGAAGUUUUAUUCUGUUUUUAAUGUUCUAAUGAGAGCUGCCCAGAGUGGCUGGGGAAACCCAGCCAGAUGGGCAGGGUAUAAAUAAUAAUAAAAUUAUUAUUAUUAUUAUUCCAGGACUCUCAGCCAAAUUCUUUGGCUUUCCUAUUUUCAAGACAGAAGCUUGCUGUUGGCUGCAAUUUGGGCUAAUACUCACAACUUUCUAUAGAGACGCUAAACUUUGUGAAACCCAGUGUUUUUCAUGUAUAUUUUCAUGAAUGUGAGAGAUGAAUGGACCGCAAGGCAUUCCGAGAAAGAAGCCAGACUAUAUUUGGAAAGAAACGAAACAGUUUGAAGAGGCUGGUGCCUAGCCGCAUGUGGUUGUAUUGCUUCAUGAUAGCAUAAUGAAGCAAGCAGGCAAAACAUCAGGGAAACACAACAGUUCAAAAUAAAGAACCCAUUACCAUGAAAAAACAACCGUAGAUACCAGCAUAAUCGUAUGAAAAUUAAAGCUACCUUACUUGCCGAUCAAAAGGUUGGCGGUUCGAAUCCCCGCAACGGGGUGAGCUCCCGUUGUUUGGUCCCUGCUCCUGCCAACAAAGCAGUUCGAAAGCACCUCAAAGUGCAAGUAGAUAAAUAGGUACCGCUCCGGCGGGAAGGUAAACGGCGUUUCCGUGCACUGCUCUGGUUCACCAGAAGUGGCUUAGUCAUGCUGGCCACAUGACCCGGAAGCUGUAUGCCGGCUCCCUCGGCCAAUAAAGCGAGAUGAGCACCACAACCCCAGAGUCGGUCAUGACUGGACCUAAUAGUCAGGGGUCCCUUUACCUUUACCUUUAAUUACUUUAAGAUUGGGCACGUUAAUACUAGAGAUGUUGAAAUAAAACCUUAAAUUUAAACUGCUGUGAAGAAGUAUUUUACUAUAGUAUGCAGAUGAAAUGCCUCCUGGUGUAAGUCAGGUGAUGUGCUAUAGAACAAUGGGUUUAUGUUUCACAAGCUCUUUUACCUUGCUUUUUGAAGCCACCUCGUGGGAAUGUUUAUUAGCAUUGUUCGAAGAAAAUAAAAAGAGUAGUGGAAUGUUUGCCCUUUCCCUCCCUCCCCUCGCUUUGUGGCAUAAAAUUAAUAAUACUGCUGACUUGAUGGCAAACAUUUUCCUUUCUUUUUCACCCCCAUUUCCGCUCAGCAGCAGAAGGCCCUUGGAAUUCGUCGCAUGGGGACUGUCGGGCCAGAACUGAACCAAACAAGAAGUCCAUUUGCUCUUUGCCGUUGUGUCCUUUCAGUUCGAGCGCGACCCGUGUGGAUUUACACUGGCAGCAAGAAUCGCCGGGCCAGUCUCUCGUCUCGGGAUGGAUAAGUGAACUCAGUCUGAACGAGAAGUCCAGGCACCCGCUGACGCCCCCUACCAAACGCCACUGCAGGUCGCUCUCCGAACCAGAUGAACUGGUUCGGUGCCGAUCGCCGUGGAAACCUGGCAGCUCAAAGAUCUGGACUCCUGUGUCGAAGAGGCGGUGCAACAGCGGAGGCAGCACCACUUUGCAGCGAUGCAAUAGCCACGGGAGCACCACUUCAAAGCCAAACACAUGCACCGGCCUGCCCCACUGUGGGCAUUCUUGGAAUAAUGUCAUCCAAAUCGCCAACCUCAACACUUCCCCUGUUCCCAGGCCGUCCUCUGCUAGCAGUGGCUUUGUAGACUGCAGCGAAGGAAGCUCCACUUCGAGUAUUCGUUGGAAUUCCGGAAGGUCUUACGACUUUAAUCCGAGACGCCGCCUUUCCCUGUCCCAGGAACAUAUUACUGGGACGGGAAAUAACUUGUCCUCAGCCAGCAGCACUCCCACUUCCACGCCAGAGCUCAGUCGGCGUCAGGGUUUACUGAGAUGCCGCUCACAGCCUUGUGUCCUCAAUGAGAAGAAAAGCAGACUCAAGCGUAGGCGAGAAGAAGACGUCCGAUGGAAUCGCCCCUCGUUGGACUUUUUAAAAAUGACUCGGGUGAGAUUGUCUGUCUGCAUUUAAACCUAUGCUAUACAGCUAUUAAAAGGGACGCAGGUGGCGCUGUGGGUUAAACCACAGAGCCUAGGACUUGCCGAUCAGAAGGUCGGCGGUUUGAAUCCCCGCGACGGGGUGAUCUCCCGUUGCUCGGUCCCUGCUCCUGACAACCAGCAGUUCGAAAGCACGUCAAAGUGCACGUAGUUAAAUAGGUACCACUCCAGCGGGAAGGUAAACAAUGUUUCCUUUCGCUGCUCUGGUUCGCCGGAAGUCAUGCUGGCCACAUGACCCGGAAGCUGUAUGCCGGCUCCCUUGGCCAAUAAAGCGAGAUGAGUGCCGCAACCCUAGAGUCGGCCACGACUGGACCUAAUGGUCACGGGUCCCUUCACCUUUAUACAGCUACAAAUAGGAUGGUCCUCUUUAGCUAGGUCUCUAGUUCCUCUGUUAAUCUAGUGCCUUUUUACACCUUCUGGGGAGGGGAUAAAUACUGUGGCAUUACACAAAGUUGAAAAAAAAGAAAAAGCAGGCUUUGUUCCCUGAAAUUUUGAAUUGGUUUUUGCGGCAGGCGAUUAUCUCAAAAUCCAAGUUAUCUACCCAGUGAGUUGGAGAAACUGUCGUUGUAGUAAUCUUAAUUUUUCAAGUGAGACUUGAAAGCAAUACCAGGCAGAGGGCCUUCUCGGCAGUGGCGCCCUCCCCAUGGAACGGCCUCCCAUCAGAUGUCAGGGAGAUAAAGAAUUACACAGCUUUUAGAAGACAUCUAAAGGCAGUCCCGUUCUGGGAGGUUUUUAAUGUCUGACAUUUUAUUUUUUAUAUUUUGCUGGAAGCCACCCAGAGUGGCUGGGGAAACACAGCCAGAUGGGCAGGGCACAAACAGUAGAAUUAUUAUUAUUAUUAUUAUCAUCAUCAUCAUCAUUACAUACUUAAUCCAAUUGGUUUAUGCAAACAUAUGCGUAACAACUUUCAUAAAAAACCAUUGUAUCUAAUCAUUUAACAGGGUUCAGAUACAAUCUCCAAGGUGUCCUCCAGCAAAAAUGUAAAUCCCAGUAGCUGCAGCCCUUCAUGAGUAAAGUUGUCCAUUGGCCUUGAAGGCAGGGUCAGGAUCAGCACCCAGGGGGGCAACUGCUGAGGUCAUAGCAGGGUCCUCUGCUGCUGUCCGCUGACUGCACUGGGCCAGGUGGGGGGCUCUAACCUUUUUCCUUUUUGCGGCCUAGUGUUGAGAGGACUGCUUGCUGGUCAGCUACAGAAAGCAGCCAUUCUAACUCUCCGACAGUGCUCUUCACUCUGGAGGGUUGCUAUGUCAGGCCUUGGGGCUGCUGCUUCCCAUUUUACUGCUGCUGCAGGACCAUCUUGUUACCCAGUAAGCAUUGUCGGUGAGCAUGUGCGAUGGGGGGCGGGCGGAAUAAGGGUGCACUGCUCAGGAUCCCUAAAACUGUAGCUGGUCCUGCUUAGCUUCCGCCAGUUCAAAACAGAGGAAUAACUACUGCUAGUGGUAGCUAGUGGUUUUUUUUAAAAAAAAAUAAUUAAAAAAUUGGGAGUUUGUGCUAGAUCUUGGUGGUGCCGAUUGGCAGUGCUGCCCUAGUCAGCAAACUUUCAGCAGGGGGCCGGUCCAUUGUCCCUCAGACCUUGUGGUGGGCCGGACUGACUAUCUAUCUAUCUAUCUAUCUAUCUAUCUGAACGAAUUCCUAUGCCCCACAAAUAACCCAGAGAUGCAUUUUAAAUAAAAGGACACAUUCUACUCAUGUAAAAACACGCUGAUUCCUGGACGUCCGUGGGCCAGAUUGAGAAGGUGAUUGGGCCAGAUCCGGCCCCCAGGCCUUAGUUUGCCUUCCCAUGCCCUAGUGUGUACCAUUAAGCAUCGGGGGGGGGGGCAUAGGCUCCUUGAAUGGAGGAGUUUGCAAGGGUAAAAAAAAAGGGUAGAUACUGCAGGGCAUGACUGGCCAAUGGAUCACCUGCUUUCUUAUCUAGCUGUUCAUGGAGGGUGGGAAAUGUGCUUAAUCUGAUGUCUACAUUUAGGCUAAAGAGCAGUGAUUAAUCCUUUAAAAUUUAAAAUUGUGAAAAAAUUGUGGAGAGGCUUAGGCAUGUGAGACUAGGGACUACUAUGAUACCAGGCUCUCCUUAAUAAUCAGCUGUAUAGUUCACAGUACAGUACAGUGCUGUAACUGUCUACUCAGAAAUAAAUCUGUCUGUGUUUACUGGGACUUACUAACAACUAAGUGGGCAGGAUGGUAGCCUAGGCUCUGUUUUAGAGUUAGCGUUGUGGUGGGGGACUGGGUUUUUUGUGCCUUUAAAAGCUGCAUGGCAGGCAGAAAUUCAAUAGGUCAAGUUUUCUCUAGCCUCAAAAUACAGCUAUGGUGGAGGGAACCAUGAUUGUACAGACUCGAAAUUUUGUGUUAUGCCACAUACCUGUGGCAGCCAUGUUGUCACUGGUCUUCACAACACUCAGAAUGUGCAAUGAGCCCAAUCAUCUAAAGAGGUUGGCAAUCAUUGUUCUAUGGGAUCUCAAGACAAUUCAUGCUAACACAUUUCAAAAUUUCUUGACACCCAUAGAGAGAGAAAAAUACUGGAUCGUUAACGCUUCUCUGUUAUAGACAAUAGGAUGUUCAGUAGCAAAAUGGGAUUCCCAAGCCCAUGUUUGUGGCCAGUGUGACCAGGAAAGGGUCCUCGCCACUGUGAAAUACUGUUGUUGUUGUUUAGUUGUUUAGUCGUGUCCGACUCUUCGUGACCCCAUGGACCAGAGCAUGCCAGGCCCUCCUGUCUUCCACUGCCUCCCGCAGUUUGGUCAAACUCAUGCUGGUAGCUUCGAGAACACUGUCCAACCAUCUCGUCCUCUGUCGUCCCCUUCUCCUUGUGCCCUCCAUCUUUCCCAGCAUCAGGGUCUUUUCCAGGCAGUCUUCUCUUCUCAUGAGGUGGCCAAAGUAUUGGAGCCUCAGCUCCAGGAUCUGUCCUUCCAGUGAGCACUCAGGGCCGAUUUCCUUCAGAAUGGAUAGGUUUGAUCUUCUUGCAGUCCAUGGGACUCUCAAGAGUCUCCUCCAGCACUAGAAUUCAAAAGCAUCGAUUCUUCGGCGAUCAGCCUUCUUUAUGGUCCAGCUCUCACUUCCAUACAUCACUACUGGGAAAACCAUAGCUUUAACUAUACGGACCUUAAAUUACCAGUGUGCCAUGGUGGUCAAACGUAUCCCUUUGAUCUCAUCAGGGCCCAAUUAAUGACCGAAUAGAGGUGUGCAUGCGUUAACAGUGGCAAUGCAAGCAGAUACAUCAUUAGGCAUUAAACAUACACCCAGAGCCUUUGCAUGAACUCCCAUCAGGGCCGUCUUUACCUGGGGGUGCAUGGGGUGCAGGGCACCCGGGCGCCAGAUGCCCACCGCUGAAGCCGCCUAAGCUCUUAACUAUCUACCUGUUAUGAAAUAAUAAAUAGUUUUUGAUCAAGCUAGAAAAACAAAAUACAUAUAUAGCUAGGUAUUACCGAAAUGUAUACCUACUGUUUCACUAAAGGACUUUUCAACUUCGUGCACUCAUUUACCAUUUACAACGGCUGUGCUUGUCAUUCUCAACGGCGCUGCACACACAAAAUUUACUAAAUUUGGGGGCGCUGGGUGGAUCUUUUCACCCCGGCGGCGCAUAUGCUAAAGACAGCCCUCACUCCCAUGCCUACGAUGUUUGCCUGAGCCAAUGUUGGCUUCCUCUGUUGGGGUGGCAAAAGUUCUGUACUUGCUGCACAUAGAGUAAAGCUAUAAAGGAAUUGUUUUCCAAAGCACGUGUAAAGCUUCACAGUUACGUACUGUUGUAUUAAAAUGUAGAAUAUUACAUACAUUAUUCCUCAGCGACUAGAUGGAUCAUUUUUGUUGAACCAAGAACAAAUGCUAACUGGUAUAGAUGGAAACAAUUGUUCAAAAUUUGCUUGUACUAUAACUGUAGUAUGCCCCUUGGUUUACCCCCUAUAAUUUUUAAUUGCAUGCUUUUAUUUUUUAUUUUUUUCAAAUCAUUUUUAUUUCAUUUUACAAAUAAAAGUUGAUAGCAAUACCAAAUACAUACCCGUAUAUAAAGAUUUCUCUGAAUCUCGAGACUUCCCCAACAUUUUCAAUUGCAUACUAUUUCAUAAUCUAUAUUUUGUAUCCACCCAUAUUAUCCAUAGUAUUUUUUACGUUACAAGUGAGAUUAGAACCCUUCUAAUGUUUCCAUCUGCUUACGGUGGUCUCCUAAAUAAAUUAUAAUGUUUUCCCAUUCUUUUUUAAAGUUUUUGUCCUCUUGGUUCCCCUGUAAUUUUUAAUUGCGUGCUUUUUAAUUACAGACUCUAAGAAAUUCAAAAAGUCUCUGCUCGCUUGAUUAUGAGGAUGAUGACAAUGACGAGGCACAAAUGAAGACCAUUGUCUCAUCUCCAUGCGACUCGAAUGACCUUAUGAACAUAAAUACUCCCGAUUUCAGCCGGGAAGAGGAUGAUGAUAUCAAGCAUCGUGGCUCACAGCAAGCCGGCUUCAGCACAAAGGCUUCCACGGAAGAGGCUGCUAUGUGUGAAAGUGAAGAGGAGACCAGUGACUGUGAGAGUGUCGAAGAAGGCAUUUUUCCUCUGGACUGUGAAGGUCUAGAUCUAGAGCAGAUCGAAAACAACUGAGACAGACGCACGCCAGAAGAUGGGAUUUUUAUUUUGCCGGCAGAAAUGUUAGCAGAUAACAUUGCUGUGUCUGUGAGUUUCUGCUUGUACAUGCUGCCAACGUGUAGGAAAUGUUUCAAGUGGGGAUAAUAAGGGCAUUUAGCACCGGAUGGUAGAUCUUUAGGAGGCAGUAGGUCAAGAAAUCCUUUGGAUCUGGACAACUCCCAAUGUCUCGUGUUUCUCUUCCCCCCCCAGCUCAGUAAUUCUUGGAACGGCAUUCCAUGCUGUAACCUGGAUGUAAUGAUUCCUGUUGAGGAUUUAAUGUCUCUCGCUAAGGAGUUUAACUUGCAAGUCAGUAGCAUAAUCAAAUGGCUUACAUGAUUGAUCCAAAACCUGCAACUGCUUGUUUGGUCGGUUGCUUUGAACUUCAUGUAGAAAUGACUUUCUGUAUGAGUUACAGUUGGUUCAUACUCCAGUGUCGCCACUGAAUGUCCUUUUGACUUGUGCUUGCCUGUCUUUGCAUGGAAUAAUCCGCAUGUGAGCCAGAAGUUUACACAUACCAGGUUAUUCCUGAUUGCCAAAGUAGUCUUUCUUAGAGCUGCCCAGUCAUGAAGAUCUUAGCAGCCGUGUGUAAGAGAAUACAGGUUUACCUUCCCAUCCAUGUGCCAUUUUUUCCCAUGGGAACACAGAGGGCACGAGAAGGCAUAAGAACAUUCAUGCAUAGAAAACGUUGGCACAUAGCACCUUCUAUGAACCAGCACUAUGAUUCUUUCUCUCAAAACCUUCCGGUUACCUUUUUCCGAUUGAAAUGGUUUUGUAGCCUGAAGCAAUGCUGGAUUGGAUUGCCAGUCGUUGCCCACUGCCUUGGUCUUUCUGCGGUUAAGAGGAAUGUAUGACAAAAAGCACUUGACGAACUUCUAGGAAGGGAAUUUGGAAUGAUGUUCCCCAAGAGGUAAUAUUUUCAGCAAUAUUAGAAGGAAGCUGGUCCUUGAAUUAAAUAAAUGACAUUUUGCUUUGCA